AUGACUCCAACUCUCAUCUCCAUCCUGCAACUAGAAUAUUGCAUCGAGACGCCACAGGUGAUUGGUGAAUUAUAUCUCAUCCAGCCACUUGGAUCACACUCUGAAUUUGAAUGGACCUGCACAAGUCCAACUGCGAAUUACACCGAAGUAUCGACUAUUGACACAACAUUCUCCCUAGAUUAUGCCAUCACAUGGCAACAAAUCAAGCUAGGUGUACUAAUGUUCCAAGGAUUUUACAUCCUUGGCGCUGAGAAUAUGCACAAACUGACCAUACAAGGAAGGUAUGACCUAAUGAUGGUUUUCAUAGUUACCGGUAAGCCGUUUGGUCAGGUAUACUACAAACAUUUCCGAGUUGACUCCGAAGCUGAAGGUUACGCAUGUCAUUGGGAUCUCUUCCAACCAGACACAACCAUUCUCCCAGCCAGUUAUGACUACAUGGAUGGUUUGGGGGGUGCAGGCGACCCAAACAAGAACUUGAACGGAGCAGGUGUUGGUACUUACGACAAGGACAUCAAUGGCUGUGCAAAUGCUAACAAUGCGGCUUGGUGGUACAACCCGCUUGGUUGCACAAGUCUUAAAUUUGAAUCAAAUGGAAUUCAUUGGCCGACUAACCGCACUGGGACUGUUGUUUUGGAGCCUGUAUAUGCUACUAUUAUUGGCAUGAAACCAGUUUACUGGUAUGUGGAAGAUGACCUUGUUCUUUGA